AUGCAAUUCCCAACUCUCGCUACUCUCCUCACCUUUGCCGUCAGCGCAACCGCCAUCACCGUCUCCUACGACGUCGGCUACGACGAUGCCAGCCGUUCCCUCGCCGUAGUUUCCUGCUCCGACGGAAGCAACGGACUCCUCACCAAGGGCUACUCUACCCAAGGUUCCCUCAGGAACUACCCCAACAUUGGUGGUGCAUCCACCAUCGCCGGCUGGAACGAUGCAAACUGUGGCAACUGCUACCAAUUGAGCUAUGGAGGAAGAAGCAUCAAUGUCCUUGCCAUUGAUCACGCUGCUGCGGGUUUCAACAUUGGUCAACAAGCUCUUAAUACUUUGACCGGGGGACAGGCAGUUGCUCUCGGAAGAAUCGAUGCUACUUACACUCAAGUCGAUAGAAGUGCUUGUGGAUUGUAG